AUGUGGAAGAAAAGUGACUCUGUGGCACAUCCUACCCAAAAAGAAACAAAUAAAAAGGAUUAUGCGAGGUCAACACCGAAUCCCAGAAGACGGUCAAAUCGCCAGCCAACAAUCUGCAUCCUUGCAAAUCAGGUAAUAGUGCGUAAGGCGGCCGAGAGACUGCAGCUGAUAGAAGUGGGUGAAAAAGCCUCCUGGAAUUUGCUUUGGACCGACCAAGCCGUCACUGUCCAGCAGUGCCUUUCCAUUGAGCGCUUCCAGAUUGUCAACUACAUCCCUGGCAUUAGUGAAAUCUCUCGAAAAGACCUAUUGGCGAGGAACCUGACGAGAAUGCAGAAAUUGUUUCCUGAAGAAUAUGAUUUCUUCCCAAAAACUUGGUGGCUUCCUGCUGAUCAUAAGGAUUUGGCCCAGUUUUCUAGGGCACAGCGCGGCUGUUACUACAUCGUUAAGCCAGGCAGCAGUUCUCAGGGUCGAGGAAUUUUCAUUACCAAGAAUAUCGGCGAGUUGGACGGCCUUCAGCAGUACGUCUGCCAGGCCUACAUUUCAAGACCGUUGCUGAUCGAUGGCUACAAGUUCGACAUGCGUGUUUACGGCCUGAUCACCUCCUGCGAUCCUUUGAGACUGCACAUUUACAAUGAGGGCAUUGCAAGGUUCGCCACACAGAAAUACGCCUUACCAUGCAAUGGAAACACGGACAACGUUUUCAUGCACCUGACCAAUUACUCGAUCAACAAACACAGCUGCGACUUCAUGAAGGGCGAGGAGGGUAGCAAGAGACGCAUUUCUAUGAUUAACGCCUGGCUGCUGCAUCAAGGCUUCGACGUCGGUCUUAUUUGGAGCUCCAUCGAUGAUGCCAUUUCUAAAACGGUCAUUGCCACUGCUGAAAAUCUCAAGCGCCAAUACAGGAUGUCAUUCCCCAGACAUUUUCAAGGCUGCUUCGUUCUUCUGGGGUUUGAUAUUAUGUUAGACGCAGACCUCAAGCCUCAUGUGAUCGAGGUGAAUCGAUGCCCAAGCUUGAAUAUCGACUCUCCCUUAGACGAGGAGAUAAAAGAACAGCUUCUGGUUGACACUUUCACUUUGCUCAACCUUAAAAGACUCGACCAGCAGCGAGUCAAGGAAGAAGAAAGGAAGAAGCUGUUUGAAUCUAGUCAGCUGGUCAUCAAGAAAAUUGCCCUCAAAGCAGCCAACCAUCCUGGAGUGGACUCCACGGACAAGGAAGCCAGAGCUCAUGAUGAAGCACAAGCCCUUUUGCAAGCCCAAAUCGACUGGGAGGAGAAGAAUUCGGGUAACUUCAGACUAGCCUAUCCAAGUGCAAACAGCGAAGCAUAUUCAAAAUUCUUCGACGUCGAAAGCAACAGUUCUGUCUACCAGGAAACAGUCGCCUCGAAGGCUCGGAAAGCCAUGGUGAUGAAAAAUUUGCAAAAUGUUGAUGACGAGAUUGUCCCGGCUUAUGAGAACUUCAGCUUGAAAGAGGAAGAGGUCAAAGUAAAUGGAAAUACAGUGACCAGAGGUCGAAUUGCCACCCUCAACUCCUUUGAGCCGUGCUUCAUUAAUUUGGCUGAGGAGCGGGAGAGGCUGCGAGAUAUGGAAAAGAGGGAUGCCCUUGUCAGGUCGGCCAACCUGCGCUCUGCCAUUGUUGAGGCCAUGCGGCAAAACGGCCUGCUGAGGCCAAACGAGAUUGAGGAGCCAAUGAAGGCGGAAAAGGUCAAGUACGCAGUGCUGCCUAAAAUUUUCCCUGAUUUCGAGCCGCUUGACACUAGCAGCUACUUCCUUUGAUGGCUUUUAAAACGC